AUGGAUGUAAUACAAUCACUUGGAAACUUCAGCGAAAAGCUUUAUAGGGAGAUUUUGAAAAGAAACAAGGGUUAUUUGGAGAAUACAUUUCUCUCCCCUUUCAAUAUCUAUACUGCCCUCGGAAUGAUCCUCUGUGGAAGUGCAAACAAUACGAAUGCUGAGUUGAUAAAAGCGAUGCAGUUAUCUGAUUGCUUGGAACAGGAAAUAAUCCACAGCGCGAUUGGUGAACUUCUGGCUGAUCUUUCGAAGUCUGAUGAGAGUGUUGAGAUAAUCACUGGAAAUAGAAUCUAUGUAAAUGAAGAUGUGCAAAUUGAGAAACGAUUUAGAAAUAUCAUCAAGCAGCAUUACAAUGCACUGACUGAGCAUGUUGCGUUUCAUACAGAUCCUGAAUGUGCUCAAAACCGAAUUAAUCAGUGGGUUAGUGAACAGACCAACGGAACAAUCCAGGAACUGAUCUCACAUGUGGCUAUAUCGCAAGAAACGUCAGCUGUUGCGCUAUCCACUACAUACUUUAAAGGUUUAUGGGGUCCACAUUUCCGUAAGGAGGAUUCACACGACAGCGAUUUCUUCAAACUUGACGGAUCAACAAUGAACGUGAAGUUAAUGUAUAAUCUAUCCUGUUUCAGUAUGGUCAUCUUACCAGAUUUGGGAUCGCGAGCUAUCAAGAUACCGUUUAAAGAUCCGAAACCUGACCAUGAAGGACUUAUGGUGUUCUAA